AUGGAAAAUGAAUUAGAGGUGGUAGAUAGUGCCACACAGCACAGAUCUAUAGUGGAAUAUCUAUCAGAAGUUUGUGGUAUUAGAACAGACAAAAGUGCUAGACUUGCUGCUAUGACAAUGUUGUCUGACCUCCUUAGAUCAGUUCAAGUUUCUGUGUCAACCAAACGCAUUUGUAUACAAAGUGGUAUUUUAGAGAAUCUUGAUGAUAUUCUAGACCUACCCACCUCGGCAAGUUAUAUUGAUAAUAUGAGUAUACUACAUAUUAAAUUAGCCUUACAGAUUAUUUGGGAAUUGUCUUUUGCUCCUGUUUGUGUGCAGGAACCUUUGGUUGAUAAAAAAUUCCUAGCUAAGAUAGUUAGCUUCAUCAAGCUAGCAGAUAGUCCAUUGUUGAGAUAUGAUAAGGCUGGUACACAGUUCCUCAAAAAACUUUGUGAAGGAAAGCAGAUUAUUGGACAAAUCAGUGGAGAAUUUGUACAAAUGGAGAUGUCGGUUAUUGAUAAUGAGGCCAAUUAUUUUAUGAAACAAAGUAUGAUGUUAUGUCCUUCUCAAAUUAAAGAAUGUAGGUUGUUUGAUACAUGUGGAGAAGAUGAUGUUGAUAUAUCUGAUGUAUUUAUUACAGAAAGACAUGCUAUUCAUAAAGAAAGUAAACUGACAUUUACAGAUGACUCUUGGAAAGACAUUCUAGUCACAAAUGUUGUUGCCGGACCUUACUUUUGGGCUCAAAUUGGUGAGAAGGUCAUUUUGACUGCUCAGAAAAUUCAGUUGUUGCUAGCUUCUGACGAUUUAAAGUUAACUACAGCCCAUGUUGGUCAGUAUGUAGCUGUUAAACAUGAUGAUUCUUACUUUCGAUGUCGAGUUUUGAAUAACUAUGGAGAACAUGUAGUUGUCAUGGCAGUAGAUUAUGGUAUGGUUGUUUUGGUUGAAGAAUCUAUGGUAUUUGCGUUACCAGAAUCUGUUGGCAUUAUGGUUUAUCAACCUCAAGUCAAAUUGUACUGUCUCUCAGGAGUAGCUCCCCCUUUAUUAGAUACAGACAUUCAACAAGUAGCUUUAGGUAUACUAGUUAAUUUAGCUAGACAGAAAGUAGUUAUUGGAAUUUCAUUAAACAACAUGAAGAUAAUGGAAGUUUUAAAGAAAACUUUAUUCUGUAAAAUACCCAGUUUAGUUCUACAGUCUCUUAGUUUACUCAAUAAUUUAUUAAGUAAUCCUAGAAUGGGUAACAAACUACCAGUUGUUGAUAUAAUUAAAUGGGUAUUAGAAAUUUGUGAAGAUGUUGCUAGUUUGAAUGUGAGUAAAGCUCUUCAAGAAAAAUUAUCAGCAGCAUGUUUAUCAUGUUUAUCUACAUUAUUAUUUAAAAACAGACAGAAACGUAAUGACUUCUAUCUUAAUCAUGGUUUAGAAGUGACUGUAAGGCUAGCUGGAGACUAUCCUAAACCAUCUAUAGUAUACAACAGAGUUGUUCGUGUAUUAAAGAAUUAUAUUAUUACCUUCGAUAAAACAGCUAGAGAAAAAACACCACCAAGAAAAACACAAUAUGAUGAUAUUAGUCCUAUUCGAUCCAGACAUUGUAGUAAUGAGAAUAAAGUUAUAUUUAAAUCUAUUAGCAUUGAGGACGAGAGUUCAAGUGAUGAUGAAGUAAACCAUUCUGAACUACCUAGAUUAAAUAUAUCACAUUCAGUUAAUACAGCUUUAUUUUAUAAUGAUACUUCUACUGAUACAGAUAUAAAAUAUAUCAGAGAUAUUAAAUAUAUAAGUUUGUUACUGUUUAAUACUGAUAUAGACAUUAGAUAUAACAGAGCUUUAUUAGUGUUUAAUACUGAUACAAAUAUUAAAUAUAACAGAGAUAGUGAUACAGGAUUAAGAGAUAGUGUUAUAGUUGAAAUUAGAGAAAAUACAACAUUAGAAACUAUCUCUGUUGAAUCAUUAUCAGAAAUAACAUGUGCUAUGUUUAAUUCAGGUAAAGGUGGUACUAUAUAUUUUGGUAUCAAUAAAGAAGGUAUUGUAAAAGGACUAUAUCUAAAUCGUGAUGAAAGAGAUGAAUUAAGAAUGGGUAUAGAUCAAAUGAUGAAUGAAAGAAUACAUCCAUCUAUACUACAUUAUCAGUUUACAGUAUCUUUAAAACCUGUUAUUGAUGUUGAUGAUAAAGGUGACCAAAUUAAAAGAGAAGAUCUAUAUGUUGUUGAAAUUUACCUAGAAAGUAAACCUGGUAUGUUUUAUUCAUGUAAUAGAACUAAACGAUGUUUCUAUAGAUUUGGAGAUAAAACAAGUCUCAUACAUACUCAGGAUAUCAGAGAACUAAUUGUUUUAGAAGAAGAAAGUAAAUAUAAGAAAGAGAUUACAAUGUUAGAAAAGAAACUGGAAGAGUUAAAGAUUAUGUUGAUCUCGUUAAAGCGUAUCAAACCACAUCUCCAACUCUCAAUGACAGAAAAAUUCUUUCAAAAUGCGUUGAGUCGAAAAGAUGCUUAA